AUGGCAAGCAGCAAAAUGGAACAAGUGCAGGAGCCACUAGAGUUGAUACACAUCGACCUAAUGACAGACUUACAAGGACACCCAAAUUAUCACCAUGCACUGGUAGUUGUUGAUGACACCUCAUCCUAUGUGUAUGUGAAACUGCUCCUAAGCAAAGCAGAAGCAUUCCCUGCCCUAAAAGCAUGGACCAAAACAGUGGAGAUAGCAACAGAUCACACAUUAAAGUGUAUUUGCAGCAAUAACAGAAUGGAAUGGUCAAGCUUAGCAGCAGAGGAAUGGAAGUGGGAGGCAGGGUUUAAGUGGCAGAAAACCACUCCAUAUGUCAGCAUACAGAAUGGGAGAGCAGAGCACACUAUCAGAUCACUCCAAGAGAAGAUGCAUGCAAUGCUCGUCCAAAGAUUGGUGCCAAAAGGACUAUGGCCCUACACCAUUAUGGCCGCUGGACAUGUACUUAACUUGACACCAUCAGCAAAUGCCAACAGAAUUCCAUAUGAAGACUUUCAUCACACAAUGGCUCACAGCUUGGCAAAACAACUGCAUGUCUUUGGCUGUCUUGCAUGGGUUCACCUCCCAAGGAAAGAUCAUGCAGGUAAGCAUGGUGUGAGAGCCAUACCAGGAAUCAUGAUCGGUUACAAUGAUGAGCACAAGGGAUGGAAAUUCUUCACUCCAGACCACACACCAUCCAUCCAGUGGAGCAAUUCAGCUACAUUCCAUGAACACAAAGGUUGGCAUGAUCGACCCAAAGUACAAAGCCCACUGCAGAUUGGAUUUGAGAGCCUUGAAGCAGAAAGUGCCAAACCAGAGGCAAACAACCUCGAACCUGAACCAGAAAUCGAAGAGCUUGACAUGCAAGACUCACUCCAACAUGCACCCAUUGGACAACCAAUCGAUGAUACUGAAGACAACUGA